AUGAUGACGAUGCAGCUACGUCAUCGCCACAUGUGUUUCCUACCUCUCUUGCUCACCGCUCUCACUCUUGCUUAUUGGCACUCCCUGGUCAUGUGACCUAAUGCUCUACUUCUCUCCUUCCCUUAGACAGCUUAGGCUGCGCUGUGUUUCUCUUUGGGAUUGACGCUCAUCUGUGUGUGUAUAUACGAAUAUGUGUGGCAACAGAGAGACAGACAGUGUACAAUUUACAGGGCCAGAGCGCGGAUGCGUCAGAAAGUGUUGGAACGGUAUUGCAAUAAGCUAUGCUAGAAGGAGAAAAGGCUCAGGAAACAAAACAGAGAGGCAUAUCGAGAGAGGGAGGCAGAGGCAGACUGAGAAAGCCAGAGAAAAUGAGAGAUCAAGAGAGACCAAGAGAAACAGGGAAAGCCAAAGUAAGAAAAGCAGGGAAAGGUUACUGAAGUUAAUCCAGCAAUAGCGCAGUGUAGCUGGCACAUGCUCAGUAAUAUAACAGAAAAAUACUACGCAGGAGCUGACAGCAAUCUGCAUGGGGGAGACGGCCAUGUUCGCCCCCACACCCCCUCCUCCUCCUGGUUAAAUCUGCUUCAAAACUCAAGCAAUGUUGGAGAGAAGAGAGGAGACACCACAAGGCCAAUCAGCCAGCAAGUGGGUGAGAGGAAAUAUCCAGCGAUCAUGACGACGUUGAUGAUGAUAAUGGCAGUGACGCCAAGGCAGAACAACGACUGUUCGCAAAGUCAUUUCAGUGGAUGGCCCCAGAAGUGGAGGCCAGAUGGAAAUUGGGUCACAUGACCGCCUCCAGGAAGGCGCGCUGAGCCUGGAACUGGCCAAUGGGGUGAAUCGCUACCGUAAUAAUGAUGAGGCAUCUAUGGAAACAGAGCAGCAGAGGGCAGGAAGUGUGCCUCCAAGGCAGUGCUGGGUGGCAGGACAUGGCAAGGUCAGUGACACCCAACAACAGCAGCCAUGUUGGAACAGCAGCAGUGGUGCAACCCCUGGUGAACCUGUCCACCAUGCAAACGUCGAGGAUGCCCACAAUCUGGUAGCUUUUUCUGCUAUUGCUGGGUCCUUGCCUCCUACUUCCUCCUCUUCCUGCCCUCUUGUGCAGCCUAACACAUCUCAGCUAUAUGAGAGGUUCACCCAGGAGAUGGGUGCUGAGGGGGCUCAGGCCAGACUCUCUGCAGGGACUCCUGAGGGAAGCCACCAACCUCCAGAAGACCUGAACACCCUACAGACAGCACUGAGCCAAGCCAAACAUGGACACAAGCCCCCUAACUGCAACUGUGAUGGGCCUGACUGUCCAGACUACCUUGAGUGGCUGGAGAAGAAGAUUAAGUUGGCAACCAGUGAAAAUCAAGGUGUCCGCAAGAUGGCUGAUGCUCCCCCACACUUACAGCCUCAUCUACAGCAGCCCCUUUUGCAGCAUCACCCUCAGCCCUAUCCCCAGGUGAAUGGUGGCCACGUUCUGUCUACUUCAUACUCCCAGCAGCAACAGGGAACUCAAGGCCCUCACCUAGACCAAGUGCCCUGCUCCAAACCGCCAAUUCCUUGCUCUCCCCAGGUGCUCUCCAUAGCCAAGGAAAAGAACAUCAGUCUUCAGACAGCCAUUGCCAUAGAAGCCCUGACCCAGUUAUCUGGUACCAGUCCACAAUCUGCUGGCACUCCAGGUCAAACACCCUACAACAGUAACCUCCAUCACCAACAACAUACCCAGAACCUCCGAUCCCAGCCCCCCAAUGGCUCAAGCUUGAUUUCACCCUCUCCUGGUACUCACUCAUCUUCCUCACGCUCUCAGUCCGUCCCUCCAGGACUACACACCAGCCAGCAGGCCCCAGUGUCCUGUGAGCACCACAGGCCCCAGUCCCAGGGCCAGCCACCCCAUGCUACCCCUCUCCCUUCCUCUACCUCUCCCUUCCCAGGUCAGGGAAAACCUCCAGGCUUCAGCCCCAAUCCCCAGAAAUGGCAGCAGAGCUCAGGCAGAGGCUCUGAACAGAGGAACCCAUGGAUGUGUAUGAAGUCUGAGCCCCAGCCUCACAGUAGCUCAGACCCUAUGUCAGAGCUCAAACAGCUGCUUGCUGACACAAGCAGCAAAUUCAACAAUACUUCUUUAAAGUUUCGAGUCACACAGCAGCUCAGUUUAAACCAGAAUGGAGGUAUCCAGGCCCAGGAUAACCCAGCACUGUCCAGGUUAAAGCAAGAGCCAGACUCUGGUGAGCACUACCAUCACACUGCCUCCAUGGGACAUUAUGGCAUGGCUAAUGGUCAGCAGCAGGGUCAGCACUACCCUGGCCCUCCCCUGUCACCUGGCCAAGCAGCCAUUAGCUACUCCACUCAGGCAGCUCUGCAACAGCACCUUCACUACAAGAGGAACCUCUUCUCUAACCACUCCUCUGGCUUCGGAGCACCAGACCCACGUGCACCUGUGGCUUGCCAAAACUUGAAAAAAUGGUGGCCACAGAUUGAGGCAGAAGGUUUGCCACAUCUGGCAAUCAAACAGGAACCUAAGGAACCCAAGAAGAAAAAAAGCAGCCAGGGAUCUCCUGUCAUAAAAGCUAUGAGUGGGAUGCUUACAGGCCCUCACCUGCCCAAACCCAAACAGAUAAUCAUCAAGAAGACCAAGCAGAAAGCCUCCAUGCCAACCUUCCUGCCUCAGACUCAGAUCACCAUACAAAAACCAACAGUCCUCAUGAUGGACAGAGCCCCGGCCCUGACCAGCCUGCAAGCAGGUUGUCUCCCCUCUCUGCCCCUCCACAGUAACUCCACUCAGGCUGCUGCUGCAGGCUUCCCUGCCCCAGCCGAAUCUCAGGUAUCCAUUUCCAAAUCCUCAAUUACUCCCUCUUCCACUGUUUCUGCUUUGUCAGAAAGCACUCCAGCCCUCAUGGGCCCUCUGCCCCCACCUGUGGCCCCUGUAGCCCUUGCUAAGUCAGAAGGAGCGGGCAGCCUUGCGUCCAGCAACACCAGCACCACCAUACCUCUGACAUCAACAUCUCCAUCCAGCUCCUCGCAAUUACUGAGUCUCAUCAACAUAGAUCCAAUGAACGAAAAACUGUUCUGCCAGACUGAGGCUGAAUUUGGGGAUUCAGCCCCAGAUGCAUCUGCCAGUCAGUCCAUGGAGGUGAUUGCUACAGCCCCUCAGCCGGAGAAUCAGUCCCAGACCAGUCCUCAGGACCUCAAUCCUACAUCACCAUCUGCCUCCCAGUUGGCUCCCUUAAUUCUCACCGCUCUAGCCAGCUCCACACCUCAUCCAAGCGAUCAGGAGAUGAAAGUCAACAAGGAUGAGUCAGGGACCAAAAGUGAAGCAACCUUGAGCGAGGCAUCCACAGACAUCCCGGCAGAGGAGCAGAAUGAUGGGGCCCUCCAUGUCUCUCUGCAUCAGGAGGCCAUUCUAGACAAGCAGCAGCAGCCCAGUGUGUUAGAGGAUAAGUUCAGCAUGCCAUGUUCCCCGCUGCCUAAACGCAUGAAGGUUGAAGCCUCGGGUGAUAUAGCAGUACUGUCCACCACUUGUUAUUCUGAGGAGGACACGCCCACUAAGGGCAGUCUGCCUUCUUCUCCAUCUCUCAGAGGCUUCUUAGAGUCCCCUCUGCGCUACCUGGACACCCCUACCAAGAGCUUGCUGGAUACUCCUUCCAAGGAUCUACAGUCAGAGUUCCCCACCUGCACUUGUGUGGAGCAAAUCCUGGAGAAAGAUGAAGGGCCAUACUAUAAUCACCUGGGAUCUGGACCUACUGUAGCCUCCAUCCGAAAUCUGAUGGAGACAAGGUAUGGAGAGAAAGGGGAUGCCAUUCGGAUUGAGAAGGUUGUGUACACAGGCAAAGAGGGAAAGAGCUCACGAGGAUGUCCUAUAGCAAAGUGGGUGAUCCGUCGUAGCAGCGAGACGGAGAAACUGCUGUGUCUGGUGCGUCAGCGGGCAGGCCACCACUGUGCCAAUGCAGUCAUCAUCAUCCUCAUUAUGGCCUGGGAAGGUGUCCCGAAGGUGCUGGCUGACAAGCUGUACCAUGAGCUCAGUGACACCCUCACCAAAUAUGGCAACCCCACCAGCCGACGCUGUGGCCUCAAUGAUGAUCGUACCUGUGCGUGUCAAGGCAAGGACCCUGAAAGUUGUGGUGCUUCCUUCUCCUUUGGCUGCUCCUGGAGUAUGUACUUUAAUGGCUGUAAGUACGCCCGAAGUAAAACACCGCGCAAGUUCAGGCUACAAGGAGAUCACCCUGAAGAGGAGGACAAACUCAGGGAUAACUUUCAGCAUCUGGCAACUGAGGUGGCUCCUUUGUACAAACGGCUGGCCCCACAGGCAUACAGUAACCAGUGCCAGUCGGAGAUAAGAGCUCCAGACUGCAGGCUGGGCUUAAAGGAAGGCCGGCCGUUCUCUGGAGUAACUGCUUGCAUGGACUUCUGCGCCCACGCUCAUAAGGACCAACACAAUCUCCAUAAUGGUUGCACAGUGGUGUGUACUUUAACUAAGGAGGACAACCGUGCAGUGGGGGAGAUCCCUGAAGACGAGCAGCUUCAUGUGUUGCCCCUGUACAAGAUCUCCCUGACUGAUGAGUUUGGUAAUGAUGAGGCCCAGCGCCUCAAGAUGCAGACGGGAGCCAUCCAGGUGCUUCAGGCUUUCCGCCGUGAAGUACGCAAAUUGCCUGAACCCGCCAAGUCCUGCCGACAACGCCGACUGGAGGCCAAGAAGGCCGCCUCUGAGAAGAAGAAAAGUAAACUCAUGCAGCAAGCAGGGGAGACGCCAGAGAAAACAGUGGUCAAGGCUGAGGUCUGCAUUACCAGUUCCCCUCAAUCCCAAGGCAAUAAAGCAAUUAUAAAACAAGAGAUGAAGCCCAACAUCAAGAAGGAGCCCUUCAACGGAUCAAUAGAUGGAUACCCUGUGCAGGCAGCAGACCCCUUCAACAACAUUUAUCCACACCCUGCCUACUAUGCAAGAGGAGGCCUCCCCCCAACUGGCCAGCCCUCUGCACCAGACCCAGUAAAUGGUUACCAUCCACCAAUCAAUCUGCCCGCAGUGCACUGUGGCUACUACAACUACCCCCGGAAUGCACUUUUCCCCCCUAAGCUGAGGACCUACGAGGGUCGAAAUGGCUCUUUGCCCAAAGCAGGCACUAAGGCGGUCCAAGUAGACAAGAAGCCUGAUAUUCAGAGCCUUCAUGCCAGACUGGCCCAGUCCUACCCCAGCCACCCAGAGCAAACCAACCAACCAAACCAUAGCGCUUAUGCCCAGCCUGCAGACUACAACCAGUCCCGUCCUUCGUCUGUCUCCUCUGAGCCCUCCAAUAGAGGCACUCCAGUAAUCAAACAGGAGCCUAUGGAUGUGCCAGUCUAUGAAGGCACAGUGCCUAGCCAGGCUGGGGCCAACACACCUAGCACCACAACCCAGCCUGCUGCCUGGCCAGGGCACAAGCUUAAUGGAAGCAUUGUUCCAACAAACUGGGACAGCCAUCUAAACCAUAAACAAAGUCCUGAAGCCUCAUCGUUGAACCCAGAAAAGCAGCAGUUUCACCAGCACCCCCAGCAUCGGCAGUCCUCUCCUUACCCCCAGCAGUGGACAUCCUACCCUGGCUCAAAUGCCUUGAUGGCUUCCCCUGCCCCAUCACUCCAAGUACCUCCCUCUCCAUCUCCGUCGCCUCACCCAUGCACAGCGCUCCCGGGUAACAUAUACCAAGGCUCCACACAUCUUGCCACCCCACACCCAAGCACCCCUCACCCAGGUACACCACAGCCUGGCACCUCUCACUCAGGCUCAGUUACACCACAGCCAGGGACCCCAGGCCCAGGCACCCCCAGGCACUGGGCCAGCCCUGCCCCUAGUCCUCAGUCGAAUGCCUGGGCCAUGGGGCCUGGUGCAUAUAGCCCUGGUUUGAAGCACAGCAAUCCUGCAGGAGCCUACCCGGACAAAAUCUGGUCCAAGACCGGGGAGAGUCGGUGUUCCACUCCCCUUGGGCUCCAAGAGAAGGCGUGGAAGUCUUGUGGAGGGUCAGUGGCAGGCAGUACCCCGUCCCCUGCCCCUGAGGGCCGCCUCUUCCCUGAUGCCCUGCAGCAGUCAGAUCAGGUCUGCUGGGACACCAGGCGAGUUGACAGUGACAUAGAGAGCAUCAAGGGUCGGGAAGAGGACGAGGAUGAGGUGUGGUCUGACAGCGAGCACAACUUCCUGGAUCCCAAUAUUGGUGGUGUAGCGGUAGCACCAGCCCAUGGCUCCAUCCUGAUUGAAUGUGCUCGUCGGGAACUACAUGCUACCACUCCACUCAAAAAGCCUGAUCGCUCCCACCCAACCCGCAUCUCCCUGGUCUUCUACCAGCACAAGAACCUCAACCAGCCCAUGCACGGCCUGGCUCUGUGGGAAGCCAAAAUGAAGCUGUUGGCAGAGCGAGCGCUGCAGAGGCAGCAGGAGGCGGCUCUCCUUGGCCUCUCCCAGGAUGACAUCAAGGCACUCGGGAAGAAACGCAAGUGGGGGGCAACGGUGGCAGGUGCCAGUCCAGGACCUGGACAAUCUAGAGACAAGAGGGAGGGGCCGGUCACGCGGUUAGCCCCCACGUUCCACACCACCUCUAUGGCUACUGUGUCUCCCUAUGCCUUCACCCGCCUCACUGGGCCCUACAGCCACUUUGUCUGAGGUCAGACAGACACAAACAGACUAAUAGCUGCAGAGUGGUGCAGUGAAGGGCUGGAGAGAGCGAUCAGCAGGAUGAAUGUCUCUCAGCCAUCUCACAGUCUGGCAUCUCUCCAUCCUACCCCCUCCACAGUCCACUUGGAGGAGGGGACAUUUUUAUUGUUUUUUACCUCAUGUCAGGCAGUGGUUUGGGCUUCAGACACACUGCCUGUGGUGCUCUUCCUCUCUCUUCCCUGGAGAGGAACUCCAUUGCUUUCUCUUGUUUAUAGAAUUUUAAUGAUUCUAAUUAUUGCUAUUAUUAUCAAUAUUAUUAUGAUUGCUAUUGUUACUGUCAAUGUUGUUAUUACAGGUAUUAUUAUAAUGAAGACUUGUUUGUUUUUUAUUAUUGCUGUUUUCAUUAAUGUUAUUAAUGAUGUGAUUGUUUUUGGUUAUAUAUUUUUUUAAAUCAAUCAGUCUGAGUCAGUCAGACUCAAACAUUUGCUUUUUCCAUGUUUGGAAAACAUGUACCCUAUUUUCUGUUUGAUUUUCUUUGUUCUUGUCAUUUUUCCACCUGUGCAUAGAGGAGGAGCAGUUGUCUGCCUGGCAGGACGGCAAAUCAAUAUUACCGUAAUCAUAAGACGUUAUAUAAAAAAGCCUUUCCAGCAGGCUUGCCACAGAUCUCUAUCUCUAUAUUGACAAUAUACCAAUAUGUAUUUUUAAUUUUAUAUAGGCCAGUUUAGGCCCCCAUAAAGGAUAUUUCCAAUUUUUAUCAAUAUGGGCCUCAAUUUCCUACAUUUGGCCAUUAUGAGGAUUGUGUUCAAAUUUUUUUUGCCUAAAGAAAAGUUUAGCAGCGUCACUGAUGUCUAAUACACGAGUCACAGUCUACUUUUCUAUUAUUAUAAAUAUUGUCUAUACAAAUGGUAAAAGAAGAAGAAAGAAGGAAGGAAAGACAGGGAUCCACCAAAGUCAGUUGUUAAAGCAGUGUAGUGUAUAUCAAAAAGAUCAGUUGUAUUUUUGCUGAAUCAAUUCAGCAUACCUUUUUGAUAUGACUACAGUAACAAUUAGAACAUGUAAAAAACCUCUUUAAAACUGAAAACAGCCGAAUCCCUUUCUGCCCUAAGAUAGUCCAUGUACACAGCAGAAGGGCAGUGGUUGGUUUCAGUGUGUAUGGGAUAGCAGAGACCCUAAAAGGCUAAAACUGAGCUCUAAAGUUAGAAAAUAAAUCCAGUCACUGGGAUGCAAAAGGUGUGAAAAUGAUGCCCCACUUAAAAAAUAAUUGCCCUUACCCCUUAAACCCCACUGGGAAAAACAUUGCUACUUCUCUUGUCAUGAGAUGAUGUGCUCCUCCUCCUCUUCUACACACCUCCAGCUUUCAACUGGUGCUCAACUUCCAGCUCUGAUCAGUUUUCAUUCCACUACUCUUCAUGGCACUUGAUGCUGUACUUUGGUGCUCUAGCUCAAAUCUGGCUCAAGUAGUAUUUGCAAGUAAAUAUUCUUGUUUUGACUGAGGUGGAGUAACAGAAUGAUGCAAAUUAUUGCUUCAAGACGUAAGCGCAGGAAAUAUAUCACGCAAAGCAAAGUAUGAUGAAUUAUCUUACAAAUGCUUUGUUUUCCUAUGUGGAAAACUGUAUAUAUCUGGUAUUCCACAGAGGCUGAAAUAAGUGAUAUUAUUUUCAAAUGCCAUUUGACCCAGAUCAGCUAUUACCACAUAGAGAUGUAACAGGUGGCACUCUUUAUCUUCCUAUUACAUUCAAGUAGGGGUGAGCACUUCCCAGUGUAAACUCUAGAGGGCAGCAGUGACUGCCGUUUCAAAGGGGUGUUACAAACCUACAAGCACUUGAGAUCCAUUCAGAAGCCAGUGGAGCUUUGCCUUGCUGCUUUAACCAUCUAUGGCCAGUAGAGGGGGGUCUCACACCCUGUUUGCUGACCAUGGAUGGGCCUCACCAAAGCAGCUCAAGCUAAAGUUGGACUUUGUCCCAUUGUGGCACAAAUGUGAAUGAAGUCUGGAGAUGCCUUUGGGAUGCCCGUCCUGGGUUAGAGCAGAAGUAAACAGUGUUGGGAUAGCAGUGCUUUCGGUGCUCCUAGACACACUCUGGUGCUCUCCUAUUACACUUGAUUUACUGUGAAGGGUCCACUCCUUCCUCUGCAUGGUGCUGUCAUCUUCGAGCAGAGCAAGGUGUGUCCUUCUGCAGGCACCUUGACACCACAGAGCCAGCCAAUCAAAGUGGCCGCCCUAUGGUUGCAGCUCUGUCACUGGGCUGAAGAACUGGUUCCUUUUGAGGUGUUUUUGCAGUUUAUUGUGGCAAAGUGGUUUUGUCUCAAACAAAGUACACUGUACAGGGCAAAGAAAGCACAGUCAUUCAAUGCAUUCUUGGUAACCCAUUCACAGAGAAAACAACAGUGCUAAGAGUUAAAGGGAGAUCUUAGAAAAUUACUGUAGCUUCUGGGAGUUGGCAUCAAAUGCAAAUGCAUUGAGUCAAUGAAUCUCUCACUUUGUGUGUGUCCGUGUGUGUGCGUGUGUGUGUGUG